UUGCAGCAGUUCGAGAUCUCUCGGCGUCGUUACUGGCAUGGAGGCUCUAGUUACCAUGCCAAAUCUGUAGCUGGAGGUGGAUUCCCUCCUCUCUUUUUGAGAAGAGAAGGUUGGACGAUCCAUACUUCGAAAUCCCGGGAUUUCAAGCUGGAUGAAGCUCUGGGCGUGGAUUCAAACCUCCGAGCUCGCCUUCCGGAUUUCGACUUUGUGUUGCCCGAUGAGAGAACUAAUCAUAUUUUGCUGCCUAGGGUGGUGGGGAAAUGGUACUGUCCUUUCUUGUUCGUUAAGGAAUCGAGAAUGAAUGUUAAGGAUCAAGUCGAUCGUUCGAGAUUCUACGAGAUGACGCUGGAGCAGCAGUAG